AUGCCCGGUAAAACAGUUAAAAUCAUAUUAGAUAAUAUUUAUAAUACAUCUGUUCCUAAACCUAUCAAUCUCCGUCCUGGAUAUGAUAUGGAACAUGGUUUUAACUAUCGACUUCAAACUGAUAACUAUCAGUAUGAAAAAGUGGUUGAAAUAGAAAAACAAUAUGAUCAUUUAUCCGUUAUUAGACCUCAUGAAACACCCCAGCAAUGGGCUGUUCAUAUAAGGGCUCCUUUGCAAGAACUAUUUUCUAAUGUCCAUAAAAGUCAAAUGGCUAUCUGCUUCAAAUGCUGGAAAUUGGUAAAGAUUACCGAAGUAGAGCCUAGAAAGGAAUAUUAUAGUGGAUGGGGGAGAUGGGCCUAUGAAGUUGAGUCUGAAAAUCUGAUGAAGGAUCAUUGGAAUUACUCUUGCUUCAAGGCUGAAACUGCAACUAUAGCAAAAAAUACUAUGCCCAGUGCUCCAAAUUUUGAGCCAGCUUGUAUUUUAACAACCAGGCAAGAAAUGAUUUCACCAACUUCUUAUCAAUCAUCGAAUUGCAAAAGUAAUACAAGCGAAAUAUUUAUCUUGUCUCUAUAUGCAAAACAAAAUAACUUACUACCAUCUAUAAACUAUCUUAAUCAGCCCGCAUUAAGAUUGAAAGAUGGGACAAAAACCAUGAUUGUUUAG